AUGUCCACAAUCGGUCGCAUCGUCGCCGUCGGAGGGGACGCUGUAUCUCUACGGGAAGGGGAUUUAGUGCUUUGCGAUAUUUACUUGAGGGGCAGAGAUGAUAGGGACGUUGGUGCGUUGUUGGGGGUUCAUGAUGGUCAUACUGAGGGGGCGAAGAGGAUGGUGCAUGGGGAAUGGAGGGAUAGUACGUAUGCGGAAUAUGUGAAGUUGCUGUUGGAGAAUUGUUUCAAGUUGGAUGAGCAGAAGCUCUUGAGCCCAGUAUCUAGCGAUGGUAUUGUUCCAGGAGGAGGGAUGGGAUAUUCAGUAGAAGAAUUACUACAUAUCACAUCCUUUGCCGUCCCUUACGGCCUACGCGAUGUUGGGCUUGAUGUCUGUGAAGCAGUCCUCAUCGCUCCUGCGACGGGCAUUUGCCCUUGCAAUGGGCGCAAAUGUGAUUGCCAUGGGCCGGAAUGGCGAAGCUUUGAAGCACUAAAAGUUAGUCACCCCAAUGGUGGUAAUGGCCAUCUCGAAACAGUCCUCAUCACAAACGACAUCCAACAAGAAACAGCUGCAAUCGCCAGCUUCGGUAUGCCGGUAGACGUGUAUUUUGACAUUUCGCCGCCCAUGGCUGCAGAGUCGACUCAUCUGCGGAGUGGGUUAUUAUCGGUCAGACACGGUGAUCGCGUGUCGCUCAUGGGCGGAAUCAAAGGCGAUGUCGCGAUUCCAUUGGGGUACGUGAUGCAUGGCAACAUGACAAUUAAGGGGAAAUGGAUGUAUGAGCGUGAAGAUGUACUGAAAUUGAUCAAAAUGGUGGAAAGUGGGAGGUUGAGGUUGGAUGGUGGUAGUAGUAGUGUGAAGAGGUAUGGGCUGGAGCAGUGGGAGGAAGCAUUUGAGGUUGGGUUGCGGCGAGGGAAGCUGGGCCGGGGAGAAUUGUUGCGUCAAUUCUUUGAAUAG